GUAAACAGAAAUAAAUUUGUAAUUUUAUCAGUUGCUUAGUGUUUCAGUCCUGCUGUGGUGGAAUUUAGUAAUCGCAAAUUGGUAUUAAAAAUGCGUAUGGCAAUAAAAAAAAAUAUGAAUUGAUAAAGGAACUUGAAGAAAUGGAAAGGUUGACUAAUCAAUACAGAAUGAGGAAUGAAUGCAUGAUGAACUUUGCAGCUGUUUCAUUUUUACGAUUGAAAAUGAAUAAAAACACAGUUUCGUUUCAUAUUAUGCUUGUUUCAUAGCGGAGCUGUCACUAAUUAUUUUUAUUUCAGCGCUGUUGAGGAAGAAUGAUUAUAGUAGCGUUGCCCAAUACAGGAAUGACAGCUACCUAAUUUCUUUGGAUGACUUGUUUUGAACCCUGCUCCCCGGUUCAGAAGCCAAUUAGUACAUACCUUUAAUAAUCGUAAACAUAGGGCCGAAGAUAGUUUUCAGCUUCUUCGAAAUGUCUGUUGGUAAAACAAGAAAACUUUUGGAUGUAGCUCGCUUUAGCAGGAGUCCGUUAUGUCACUUUCAACACAGAUCAGUUUAUACGCAUUCGCAGCUCCCAGAAACACACAAAAUGCUUUAUAAAUCUGUCCGCGACUUCUCUGAAGCCGAGCUGAAACCACUGGCUUCAAAGUUCGAUCGUGAGCACUUGUACCCGGGUGAUCAGAUAAAGAAGAUGGGAGAGUUAGGCCUUAUGGCUGUAGAGGUUCCAGAGGAUUUAGGAGGAACUGGUUUAGACUAUCUUGCGUAUGCCAUUGCCACAGAAGAAAUAUCAAGGGGUUGUGCUUCUGCAGGAGUAAUAAUGAGUGUCAACAAUUCUCUGUACCUUGGACCUAUUCUCAAAUUUGGUACACAGAAGCAGAAAGAAAAAUUUAUUACCCCAUUCACUACAGGUCAGCGUGUGGGCUGCUUCGCUUUGAGUGAACCAGGAAAUGGCAGUGAUGCUGGUGCAGCAUCUACUACAGCUCGUAAACAAGACAAAGGAUAUAUUCUCAAUGGUACAAAGGCAUGGAUUACCAACGGUUAUGAAUCUGAAGCCACUGUUGUUUUUGCAACAACAGAUAAAAGCAAGAAGCAUCGUGGAAUUAGUGCCUUCCUUGUUAGUAAACCAACGAAAGGUCUGGAACUGGGAAAAAAGGAAGAUAAACUAGGUAUAAGAGGCUCUUCAACAUGCAGUUUGAUAUUUGAAGACUGUUCUGUGCCAGAAGAAAAUGUUUUAGGAGAGCUUGGGAUGGGUUUCAAAAUUGCAAUGAUGACACUGGAUGCUGGUCGGAUUGGAAUUGCUUCACAGGCUCUUGGCAUUGCUCAGGCAUCACUUGACUGUGCAGUUGAUUAUGCAAGCAAACGUAUUGCAUUUGGCUCUCCUAUAUUGAAACUACAAGCUAUACAGGCAAAGAUAGCUGACAUGGCUCUGAAGGUAGAGUCAGCAAGACUUCUGACCUGGCGGGCAGCACAUUUAAAAGAUACAAAGCAACCAUUUACGAAGGAAGCAGCAAUGGCAAAACUGGCUGCAUCAGAAGCUGCUACAUUCUGCUCUCAUCAGGCAAUACAGGUUCUUGGAGGAAUGGGCUAUGUGAGUGACAUGCCAGCAGAGAGGCAUUAUCGAGAUGCACGCAUUACUGAGAUAUAUGAAGGAACGUCUGAAAUUCAAAGACUUGUGAUUGCUUCCAAUAUUGCAAAGGAAUAUGGACUGUAAGCAUGGGGCUUUGGUUUAACAUUAACGAUAAUUGGGUUGCUGAUGUCCUCUUAAUCUUGUAAACAAGAUUAAGGAAAAGUACAGAUGGAACGUAGACGUAAUACACAGAGGCAGCUUGUGUGAACCUGUGGAGUUCUACCCGACGGGAGGCCCUAGCCACACGGCAUUUCAUUUUUCUCAUUGUUUGCACGAAAGGAAAGUGACAGCUGUUUUUCCUCUUAACAUUUGUUGUACUUUAUUAUUUGCUAAUUCAGCUGCAAAAUGUAUGUGGAUGUCCAUUUGUCAACAGUCACAUGUGUAAAGAAUUGUCACAGUUGCUCUCUAGAAAAAUUACCAUAAUUAUUCUGAGACUGCACUACACACCCUUGUUAAGUAACUACUUCAUUAGUCUCAUGUCUCAAUAUUAAAUCAAAAUGUUCAUGCCUAGAGUGUUGUUUCGCUGCAGUAUUUGUGAGAAGUGACUUUUUUUUUUUUACCCUUGAGUACUUUAUAUGCACUGUAUGGCUGGAGUAUUUUAAUAAUGUUAUAUUGACUGAGGUCUCUUACAUCAUUAUAGGAAAAUGUUUACUGUACAGUGCACAAUUUUAAUAAUGAAUGUUUACAAUAUUUGAAUAGUAACAUUUAUUUUAUUUAUUGCAUAUUCUUUUAUAAAAGAGGCAAAUAAGAGUGCUGUAUAUUAUAUAUUUUGAUAUAAACAUUUUGUACAAGAAUUUGUACGUGUAAUAUUUUAUCAUUGUGAGAAAUACAAAUAAUCCUGUACAUAUGUUUUCUGAUUUUAGAUCUGAGAAUCAAUAUCACAUGCCUGUUUUCCAAGCAAUAUUCCAAAUAAAUUUUGAUUUAUUUUGAAAUUUACCCAUAUUUGUAAAAAAGUAGUGAUGAAUCUUCAGACUUCCACGAAAGCUAAUUUGCCAUGUAUUUGUGUACAUAUUUAAUAAUACAUCAGUGUGGAGAAUAGUAGAGACUAGAAGGCAGUAUUUGCUUUGGCAUGUGCAGUGAUUGUGAUGAAUACCUAGAAUGAAGGAGUUAAUGCUGUAAAUGUUAUUAUAUUUUGUAAUACUGUAAUUGUUACAUACUACAGAAUUAUAUAUAAAAUUACCUUUUUAUGUACAAAUGUGCUGGUGUCCUGCCAUAUUAAAUCAUCUCAAUUUAAAGCAUAAAUGCACUGCAAUCCAUGAAAGGAUUAAACAAAGUGCAAUUUUUGCCACUAAGUGAAUUAUAUACAGCCUGGGGAAAAGUAAAGUUUCUGAUUAGACUUGUGGUAUACGUGUAAGACAAAAGUUACAAAAUAUUUCAAAUAACUUAUAACUGAUACUAACUUACUGAAGGGGAAUGUAUGAAGUCAGUGAAGUUACAUGCUCAGGAUGUAUGAUGCAAAUGUGGCACUUUAGCUUUUGCAGGGUAUGAAGCGUGCAAUAAAAUUCCUGAUGUGACUGUUAAUAGGGGAAAAACAGAUACAGUACAAAGUAGACACAACAUGUUCCCUGUCUGACUAUGGGUGCAAAAUAGCACACAAAGGGUGUGUCAUAUUAAAAUGCAAUGUAACAUUUUUCAGUGUAGUAAUAUCCAAAUCUUGCGUGAGUAGCACAGAGCGAUGUUGGCACUAGUUAAAGCAGUGGCAAGACAAUACACAGCAUUUGCUGUACAGGUAUGGCAGGAAAGGGGAGGGGGGAGAGCAGCUCAUAUCAUUUGUGCAGUUAAUAAUAAAACAGUUUUGAGAUUUCAUGAUAGUGGGUAUGUUAGUACUAGCCAGUGUCCAUUACAGUUACUUAGUUGGGUAGUUACAUGUUCUGGGGACCAUUUUGCACAACAGAUCAUAAUGGUGUGGAAUCAGACAUUUUACAUUCACAUCAGAAAUUAAUUUGUUCAUAUGGUUACAUACCUAACAUUUCUAAGUGGUGUUGUGUGUUUUUUUGAACUUGUUCUGGCUGCCUUUAAACUGAUACUUAAUCAGUACCUCCAGCUGUUUGGCAGGUAGGAUGCAUGUUUGGUUGGCAAAAAGCCUUCUUCUGAAUUAGCCAGCACUACACACACACACACACACACACACACACACACACACACACGCACAGUGUCUCACUGGCCUCCGUAGCCAGACACAGUGGUCAUGUGUGCGAGAGUUGCAUUUGUGUGUGUGUGUGUGUGUGUGUGUGUGUGUGUGUGUGUGUGUGUGUUUUAGCUAAUUGAGAAGAAGGCUUUUUGGUUGAAAGCUUAGUUGUUUAACACGUUCUUUGUUGUUCCUGUCUGCUACUCAACAUUUCCACUAUGUGGUGAGUAGAAAUCUAUCCUUUUCAAAAUACUGUCAUUAUUCCUUCCUGGGUUUUCCUCUGUUCAUUUAAAAUAUUUCUUUAUUUGUAAUAUUCUUUCACCUGCUCGCAUCAUUACAUCAAAAUUUGAACUUGUAAAAUGCUGUUCAGUGCCAGUUUCAAUCAGAUCUAUGCAUAUGUCUGUUGACAGUAUAUGACAAUAUUCCAUCCUGGAUUUACCAUUAUUUGUUUGUAUCUACAUCUACAUAUAUACUCCGCUAGCCACAAGGCGGUGUGUGGCGGAGGGACUAUUCACGCCAAAUUUCUUAUGUCUGUUGAAACUGAUACUGAUCAAUGUUUUGCAGGUUCUGAGUUUUAAUCUGAUGAUUACAGUAUCUGAAAUAAUGUUAUAAAUAAAGAAAUAUAUUAUGCAAUUUAGACAGCUUUAUUCACAAAAUAUCCACUAUAAUCACAAGCUCACCCAGGAAAUUUAUUUCCUUUACUGAUAUACUGGUCUUGUAUAAAUUAUCUGCAUGGCCAGGAGCAUAAUCAAUGGGUGAAGCAUGGAGAUGAUGUAAUAGUCUGUACAUUUAAAGGUAGAUUCUGUUGUAUGUAAGAUGUACGCGUAAGUAAGAUGAAUGUGAUAUGUAAGAAACGGACAGAAUGCAUAGAAUUAAUUUUGAAGCCUAUUUACAUAUUUUUGUAUUUGUGAAUGUAUUAUUUAAAUAUUACAACAGUUACUUUCA